AUGAGUUAUGACGAGUUUUUAAAGGCGCGAGACCUGCCUAUUUUCCCUAAUGGAGCACAUGAUUAUUGUUCUGGUAAACUACCAGCAUUUGCAGAGACAUGGAAAAAGUGGAUGGUCGACGUUGAUUAUAUAUACAGUGUUCUCUUUGUCAAUAACAACCAUUGGGUAGCGCUGUUUAUAACUAUUCCCAACCGUUGUAUUGAAGUCCUCGACUGUGGGCUUAAAGGUAGUUCAAACGAGCAGGUAGUCAAAGCUGUGAAACCAAUCGUUCAUAUACUUCCACACUUGCUUCGAGCUUCAGCUCCACCAUCAGAAAGGCCAAAGAUGAGUGUUGAACAAUAUAAGGUUCGAAGACCAAGACAAGGGAUUCUUCAAAUGCUGAAAACAGGUGAUUCUGGAAUUUAUGCAAUAAAUGCGCUAGGUGCUGAGUUUACCACGUCUUUAUCUGAUGAGAAUAUCAAGAUGGUUAGAGAAAAUCUUGCAGCAGAAAUAUUUGAGGAGAUUGAACAACAUGGUCGCAUAGUUUCUAACCCGCUUCCGUUGCGAGCGAGUGAUCCCGUCGUCUCUCUCGGUGGAAUCGUCGUCUCUAUCGGUCUCCUCGACGAAGAAGAUGCAGAGGAGAGGGAUUACGAGAACUCCAAAGACGAUGAUGAGAAUCACGGAGUUGAAAGAUACGGAUCUUCUUCGGCUGUGUUCGAUUUCUCUGCAUCUCACUCCGGCUCUAAACACUCGGGCCUUCCUUCAGCUAACGACGUUUUCUCUCAGAUAUCAGGGCCACCUGAGUUUCUAAACAACCAUAUAGAAGCUGAUGAAGAAGCUACAGCUAGAGAUGCUGAGCACGCUAAGCGUCUUACCCGCAAAAAGAAGAAAGCUAAACCUAAAGGUGUUGUCGUGGAAGCAAAACCUCAACUAGUAGGGAUCCAUGAGAGAGUAAGAAACGAUAUCGAUGCACCACCACCAUCUUCAGAGAAUGGUGAGAAGCGGAUAUCUACUGCAACCAAUCCUAAUGCAGAAGAAGCUGCAGAUCUCUUAAGGAUGUGUCUGCAAUGUGGAGUGCCGAAAACAUAUACAAGCGCGAGAGGGAUGGUAUGCUCGGUUUGUGGUGACCGGCCGUUACUGGACUCGGACGCCAAGAAGAGAGGCUCUGCGAUCAAAGAUAAAGAAAAGAGCAAAAGAAUGAGAGGACAAUCCUCUCACGCUUCUUGGAAAAGUGAAACCGAGAUGCAACUAAGGCAACAUUUCGAUUAGUAUGCUUCAGAACCUUCUUCUCCUUUUUUACUACAUUGUUUCUCCAUCCAAAUCCAGUUUCUGUAACGCAAAUUGUAACACAAAAAGAUCAUCUACAAAGUUAUUGAUGUUAAGAGAAAUACACAAUUUUUUUUUAAGAACUCUAAAAUUAGAGACUUGCAAUGGAGGAUAUAAAAGUAGAAAUUUCUUAACAAAGUCUCUUAGCCUAAUAAACUCCUUA